GGCAAGACAGACAAUACACAUGUGGACUACUAUUUGGAUGCGUACCCUACAUGUAGCAGGCUAUUCUAUACAGUCGUUGACGUUGAACGAAGAGUCAAAGCGUGUUAGCCCACUUCUAGACGUAUUAUCCAGAGUCGUAGCCUACAGGUCUGGGUAGUUGUGUAACAUCGUUCAGUGCAAUGGCUAUCCCCCAACUAGCGGAAUCGAAGCGCAGGGAAAUACAAAGUCAGUUUUGUAAGGACUGAUCCAGGCUGGUGGCCAUAAUUCCUGAGCGGGACAGGUGAGGUUUCUGUGAAGUGUCCUCUUAUUGGCAGCGCAAGCCCAUCUCGCGCCUGUCCAACUGUGCUACUUUGAUUGGAUGAGUUCCACGCUCGCCUGCCUUUUGCCUUAACGAUUUACGGUCUUGUGCGGAAAGGAUCUUUAAAUCAUCACUGGGUCUGUGCUGGCAUAAGCUACGUGUUCCGUGCCUUGUCCCGUUCCCCCUCUACCUCCCCGAAUCCUGACUGGAACUUUACUGCAGAUUGUCACCUCGCGCUUCUGCGCCACUAUGCCCUGCCCUGCUCCGCGAGUCGGAUCGCCGAAGGAACCCCUCAACUGGAGACGGACAGUUCCACCGGCCAUGGUCGCCCUUGUCAUCUGCCUCCUGUCGUUCGCUGUGCUGAUUGAGGGGGAUGGGACAGAAGCCGCCACUCAAGUCAGCAACCACUCAGCGUCUCACUGUGAGGACUGGGGGGAGAUGGAGCAGCCGGUGUGGGUGCUGGAGGGCGAGGUUGGAUGGCUGCGCUGCACCCACUACAAGGUCUACAACUACAGUGCCACGCAGGCCGGCGGCCUCAGCCUCUUCUGGUACCGCGCCGCCAUGGACCAGGCCAUGGAGGAGCCCAUCAGGCUCAAGAAGUACGCCAAGGACAGAGAGUGGCUCUGGCUGGAACCCGCCACGCGCAACGACUCAGGGAAAUACAUCUGCAUGCUCAGCAACAAGACGUUCUGCACCCGAGUGACCAUGCGUCUGGAGGUGCUGCCCAGAGAGAACAGCUCGUGCGGGGAGGAGCAGACGGCGGUGGCCCCUACGGAGGUGCACGUCCCCAUCGGCAGCAUGAGGAGGCUCCCCUGUCCCGACGUCAACAUGCUGCAGCACCGCAACAUCACCCCCACCACCGUCACCUGGUACCACAGGUGUAAGACUAUAAAGGAGCUUGGUCAAAUCCACAUGGAUGUCACGGAUGGCAACUUGACUGUGUUCAAUAUGUACGUCAAAUUUGGAGGCAACUACACGUGUGUGGUGUCCUACGAGAAGGCGGGACGACGCGUCAGCUUUACCCGAGUGCUCCACAUCGUUCCAGUGUCCAAUGAAAGUGUCCCACAGGAAAGUGUCCCACAGCAGGAGAACAGCUCGUGCGGGGAGGAGCAGACGACCGUGGCCCCUACGGAGGUGCGCGUCCCCAUCGGCAGCAUGAGGAGGCUCCCCUGUCCCGACGUCAACAUGCUACAGCACCGCAACAUCACCCCCAUCACCGUCACCUGGUACCACAGAUGUAAUAAUAUACAGGAGAUGGGUCGAAUCCACAUGGAAGUCACGGGUGGCAACUUGACUGUGUACAAUAUGUUCACCAUAUUCGAAGGCAACUACACGUGCGUGGUGUCCUAUGAGAAGGCUGGACGACUUGUCAGCUUUACCCGAGUGCUCCACAUCGUUCCCGUGUCCAAUGAAAAUGUCCCAAAGGUGCCCACCAUACACAAUCCUGACAAGGCCCAAACCUACAAUGUUAAACAAGGCGAGACAGCGGUGCUAACCUGUAAGGCUCUUCUGCCCUACCUGGAAGGAGAGACCCAGUCUCUCAGGUGGAUGGUGAAUGGCAAGGCGGCGGACCCGCGGGUAGAGCCACGCUACAACAUCACCUCCAGGACGGUGUCGUCUUCGCUGGGUGAUGAGAUCCGGGAGACGGUGCUGCAGAUCCAGGACUUCAGCCAGGAGGACAUGAGCAAGGAGUACAACUGCAGCGCCAACAACAGCCGCGGCUACGUCACGCGACGGGCAGUCCUGCACCUGGAGAAGGAGAAGCCGUAUGUGGAGCUGAGCAUUGGGCUGGGGGUCAUCAUGUUCGUCAUGCUGGUGAUGUUCGUCAUCUACCACGUCUUCUGGCUGGAGCUCCUCCUACUCUACCGCUCACACUUCGGCUCCGACGAGAGGUCCACAGACGAUAAGGAGUACGACGUGUACAUCUCCUACGCGCGGCACAGCGAGGAGGAGGAAUUUGUGGACCAGACGCUGCGGAGAGUGCUGGAGAACGAACUGGGCUACUCGGUGUGCAUCUUCGACAGAGACAGCCUACCCGGAGGCACCAUCACGGACGAGACGCUGCUCUUCGUGAACCGCAGCCGGCGGCAGAUCGUGGUGGUGAGCCCCGAGUGGGAGGUGCAGGGCACCCAGGCCAUGCUGGAGCUGCGGGCGGGGCUGGACCGCAUGAUGUGCGGCACGGGCCUGCGCGUCAUCCUGGUGCAGUACCGGCCCAUCCAGCGGCAGGGCUGGGUGCGGGAGCUGCGCCGGCUGCGCGGCGUGCUGGCCCUGGUCCGCUGGGAAGGGGAGCGCUCGCAGGAGCUGUCCUCGCGCUUCUGGAAGCGGCUGCAGGUGGAGCUGCCCCUGCGCAGGCCCAAGUCGUCGUCCAGCGGCCAGGACGCGGAGGAUUCGCUGCCCCUGCAGAUGGUGACGACAGACGGCUGGGGGGCGAUAGAGGAGAAGGAGGAGAAGAAGGAGAAGGAGGAGAAGGGCACGCACAAGAGGAGCAAGAUUCCCCUUAACGGUGUAGAUGAGACUCGGAAUACAACAGACACCACGAGGUGUUUACCAGCGUAGCCCCACGUUGAUCAUUGUGAAAGUUUUGUUGAGAGUCACUCCUGCUGAGGGUCAAAGAAUGCUCAAAGGAAUGAAACACUGUGCCCCGGAAGAGUUCAUUGGCUUGCAGACACCAGCAGAUACCUCAAGGUGUUUAACAUUAUUGGCUCAUGUUGAGCAGUCUCCCCAUUCUCGCCCUUCCUCCCGUGGAGGAAUCAGAAAAGAGAUGGAUGGAGUAGUAAAGCACCAUGUGCAGUCUCGCUUCUCUGGCAUCUCGUGUCCCUUCUCCCUCCUCCAUCAUUAUCCUCUCACCUUUUUGUUUAUUGAGAGACUUGGACUAUGACAAGCCUUGAGGCUUGAUGCUAGGGGUGGAAGAAGCAGCUGGAUGAUAGACACUGACCAUUAGUGCCGUUAUUGACUGUAUUGUGGACUGUGGCAAAAGAAAUUCACAGAAUUUUGGAAAAAAGCAGCAAAGUACCCUGGGAUUCUGGGAACUCACAUACUGCCUUUUGUUCUACACAAUCGUUCCGAUCUGAAAGACAGUAUGGAAGCUAUGACUCAUAAAGGACCAGAUUAUAGUCCCUGUGUCUGUCCAAUCAGAGAGCAACCAUGGCAACCACUAAGUUGAAAUACUCAAAAACCGGCAUUCAGUAUGUUUAGACAGUCAUGGUAAAUGACAGUGUCAGAAAAUAUACAGAAUUUUUACCUUUGACUUCCUAAUUCAUUUGCUUGCUGUAGCUGAUGAACAAAAGUCUAUAAUCGUUUUAGUCUCAGUCUGGUCCGCCAUCUUUAAUUUGUAAACAACAUCAAAACAGCACAUGAACGCAACGCACUUGUAAAUACCACUUAACAUGCAACUAGAUAAUAUCUACUUCAGAAGACCACAUGAAUGCACCAUCUGUCCAAUCAGAGAGCAGGGUACACUGUAUUCCGUUAAUUUUUCACCACUACACCUUUUGUAUUUCUCAGAAUAAAGGAUACCGAUAUGUAUUUGUUUGUAAGCAUUGUUGUAUACAGUGAGUCCAAUAUGUAUUUGAUCCCUUGCUGAUUUUGUUGGUUUGCCUACUAACAAAGACAUGAUCAGUCAAUAAAUGUUAUGAUAAUAUGUAUUCUAAUAU